UGUUUCAAAUGUUAAGUCAAGAGGAAGAAGGAAAAUAAAUUCAAGAGCUGCUCUCAAGCAUCUAGAAUUCUCUGCACCCCACCUCUUCAGAAGAGAGACUGGCCCCAGCUCUGACUCAGUCUACUACAAACUGGACUCUCCUCUUAAAGCACCAACUUUAUCUGAGCCUUUGGACAAAACUGGAAGAAAAGAGUCCACAAGUACUUUGGACUCUGCAGGAAGCAGGGGGCUGACAACUGGCAGUAAAACAGAAAGAUGGCAGACCCUGAAAUCGAGCUUUUCGUGAAGGCUGGAAGUGAUGGGGAGAGUAUUGGAAACUGUCCCUUUUGCCAACGCCUUUUUAUGAUCCUCUGGCUUAAAGGAGUUAAAUUCAAUGUAACUACUGUUGACAUGACCAGAAAGCCUGAAGAGCUGAAAGACUUAGCCCCAGGCACCAAUCCUCCCUUCCUGGUGUAUAACAAGGAGUUGAAAACAGACUUCAUUAAAAUUGAGGAGUUUCUAGAGCAGACACUGGCUCCUCCAAGGUAUCCUCACCUGAGUCCCAAGAACAAGGAGUCCUUUGAUGUGGGCUGUAACCUCUUUGCCAAGUUUUCUGCAUACAUUAAGAAUACACAAAAAGAAGCAAAUAAGAAUUUUGAAAAAUCUCUGCUCAGAGAAUUUAAACGUCUAGAUGACUACUUAAACACCCCGCUUCUGGAUGAAAUUGAUCCAGACAGUGCUGAGGAACUCACAGUUUCCAGAAGAUUGUUCUUGGAUGGGGACCAGCUGACACUGGCUGACUGCAGCUUGUUACCCAAACUGAACAUUAUUAAAGUUGCUGCCAAGAAAUACCGUGACUUUGACAUUCCAGCAGAAUUCUCAGGAGUCUGGCGCUAUCUUCACAAUGCCUAUGCCCGUGAAGAAUUUAUCCACACAUGUCCUGAAGACAAAGAAAUUGAAAAUACCUACGCAAGUGUGGCUAAACAGAAGAGUUAAGGCAACUCUUUCAGUAGAAAAAGCCCUCUUUUCACUUGUCAUAUUAUAAAGGUUUCUGGAAAUAAGAAUAUGGAAAAUACUGUUUCCUCUAUCCAACUCUCAUGAAAAGAAUGCUGUAUUUUCUGUAUCUGGCCAGUCCAAACUAUCUUCCCACUAUGUAUUUUAAAGUUCUUUAUAUUUUCACUUACUUUUCUUUAUUUCUAUGGCAUAAGCACUGCAAUAUUAAAUGACACGGAAAGCAUCAA